CAUUUAUUUUCCACGAAAACAGUUUACCAUGUGAUGUCAUAAACAGCUAGCAGCUGUAUAUAAAUGCAAAUAACUGGCUCAAUCUCAGUCGCAAUGCCUAUGGACUGGCAGUAACUUUGUAUGAUGUUUCUGUAUCUGUCAGUGUGCGCGCUCGUGCUGGUCGGUGCUCGUGCUGGUGGCGAGACGCCGGUCGGAAGUGUGGAGUUCGAACAGCCGACGUCGGAUGUGGAACUUAUCAGUGACGUCACCGUUAUCAACGACGCGGACAUCACCAAGUACCAUGACUGCGAUGCAAUCCUGGCUUCCGGUUUCUACAAGGAGGCGGGGGCAUACCGGAUCUACCUGAACCAGUCGGAACCUGUAGUGGUAUACUGCCAAUUCGAGCUGGGUUCCGUUAGCUACGUGAUUUCGAUUCAGAAGUUCGGCAGGGUGAGUUUUGUGCAGUACUACUUCUACUAUGAGUGGGGCUUCGGGAGCAUUGGAGGAGGUGACGGUUGGCUCGGUCUACGGCGCAUCAAGGCUCUAACAGACGCCGGUAACAACAAGCUCACGGUGACGAUGCAAGACUGCAAUAAUGUGGUUACAACACUCGUCUGGAAUCACUUCUCGCUUGGAUCGCCUGCCUCGCGCUACACUCUCUACGUCAACAGCUAUGCUUCCGGUAACGUACUCCCUGACGACCUGUCCCAUAACAACGGCAUGCCUUUCUCGACUAUCGAUAGACCGGAUGUAAACAACUGCGCACUGAACAUGCGCGCCGGUUGGUGGUACAACUACUGCACGUACGCUCUACCCACUGGGAAAUUCUACCCCAAAUGCGGUCCCUACACUCCUCUCGGGCGUUUCUAUGACGGUCUGUUCUACAGCGACUGGCGCGGUUUCGGCUAUUCUUUGAAGUACUUCCGCAUGGCGAUAUCACGUGACUAGGAGACGACCCAUCUGUUGUCAUCGAACUUCUUUUAAGACUGAUAAUUAUUAUAUUUCAUUUUUCGCGUUUUUGUAACAAAAUAUGCUUGCAAACAUCA